AAGAAAAAUCGUAACCCGGCUACAACCUUACGUUUUCUUUCACUUCAAAACAAUUUUAAAUGGCUGUCCCUGUUCCUUUCAACGACAUUGGUAAAUCCAGCAAGGAUCUUCUUACCAAGGACUUCCCUGUCGGUGCCGUCAAGCUUGAAGUUAAGACCACUGCUGCCGAUGGUGUUUCCUUCAAGGUCAAUGGUCAACGCGACAACAAGACCGGUAUCAUCCUUGGUGAUCUCGAGACCAAGUAUGCUGACAAGGCCAAUGGUAUUAGCUUCACUGAAGCCUGGACUACCUCCAACCACCUUAACGGAAAGGUUGAGCUUGAAAACAACAUCGCCAAGGGUCUCAAGUUGGAAGUCUUGACUUCCCUUCUUCCUUCCGUUGGCCAGAAGACCGCCAAGAUCAAUGCUAUCUACAAGCAACCUAACGUUCACACUGUUGCUUCUCUUGAUGUUUUCAAGACUCACGUCAACAUCAACACUGUCUUUGGUCACGAAGGUUUCCUUGCUGGUGGUGAAGUUGCCUAUGAUGUUUUGGAUGGCAAGGUCGCUCGCUACAACGCCACCUUCGGUUACACUGCUCCCGAGUAUGCUGUUGCCGUUCACGCCACCAACUCCUUGUCCGUUUUCUCUGCCUCUUACUUCCACCGCGUAAGCUCUGAUGUUGAGGCUGGUGGUAAGGCUGUUUGGGACUCCAAGGGCUCCAACGCCGUUGCUUUGGAAGUUGGUGCCAAGUACCAACUUGACCGCACUGCCUUCGUCAAGGCAAAGAUCACCAACUCUGGUAUUCUUGGACUUGGGUAAGUCAAUGGGGGGGCCGUGGCAUGGCUGGAUCAGAGAAUUAAUAUCCCACUUUACUAUAGAUACACUCAGUUGCUCCGUCCCGGUGUCAAGUUGUCCAUUGGUGGCUCCGUUGAUUCC